AUAAACAACGUGGCUUUAGAUGUACCCUAUCUUAAAUUUGUAAAACAGAGCCUUGGGGAGAGCGAGGUAUUCCCCGAACUCCAUGGUGUCUUACCGUCUUUGAAUAUCCCUAUCUCUACUCACUCUUACCUUAAGUUGUUACCAUGUUUCCUCAGUGGCUGAAAAAGUCGGCAACAGCUCUCAAUUCUGCCUUGGGCUUCAUUGUGUUCCUUAUAUUUGAUUUUCUUGAUGCCAUUUUGUGUGUCCUCUUCAGAUAUUUUGAUCACUUGUUUGAAGGGCGGCCGGGCUCUUGUUACUGUGGACGCAAGGAAAUAGAGCUGGUCAGGAAUGUAGUUGGUGAUGAAGAAGAUCACCAGCUUUCAGAGACUUUAUACCGGAGGAAAAACGUUUUCAGGGAAAUGGGUCUGGUUGGAUUUGCAAAAAGCUGCCAGAACACAAGUGCUGGCGGAGUUGCUAGGUGGUCUGACUGUGGAUGUCACUCUUGUGUUUCAUGGCUGAAUGAUACUCAUCACAACUUACAUCUUGUUAUUAUGCAGCCUUCAUCACCAGCCAUCACUGAGGAUUGCAGAAUACAAGCAGCCGAGAAUGUGAUAUUCCUUCACGGGUUUCUUUCUUCUUCCUCAUUUUGGGCAGAAACAGUGUUUCCAAACAUUUCGGAACCUGUGAGUCGGCAAUAUAGGUUGUUUGCCAUAGACCUAUUGGGAUUUGGUUUAAGCCCAAAGCCAAGGGACUGUUUGUAUACUUUGAAGGAUCACACAGAAAUGAUUGAGAAAUCUGUCAUCUGCCCCUUCCAGUUGACUUCUUUCCAUUUGGUUGCACACUCCAUGGGUUGUCUGAUUGCAAUCGCUUUAGCUGCUAAGCACUCGCAAUUAGUAAAAUCAAUCACUCUUGUAGCACCUCCUUACUUCCCUUCUAAAGAUGGAGAUAGUUUAAGAGUGCUUCACAAGCUUGCUGAAAGGAAACUGUGGCCACUUACCUUGUUUGGAUCAUCAUUUAUGUCAUGGUAUGAGCAUCUGGGCCGAUGUGUCUGUUUCGUUUUAUGCCGCAACCACAGGGCAUGGGAGUGGAUUGUAAAGUUAUUCACUUGGAAAAGGGAUCUUCAUUUUAUGACAAUGGACUUGACUAGGCACACCCAUCACUCAGCUUGGCACACCAUGCACAAUGUGAUAUGUGGGGGUGCAAAGUUAAUGGAAUGCUACUUGGAAGUUAUAGGCAAAGCUGGGGUUAAAGUCUCUGUGAUCCAUGGAGAUAGAGACCAGGUUGUCCCUGUAGAGUGCAGCAACAACAUUCAGAUGACAGUUCCUGAGGCACAAGUUAACAUCAUUAAAAAUGCUGAUCAUUCCUCUGUACUCCUUGGCCGAGAGAAAGACUUCACUCUCCACCUAGAGCACGUUUGGGCCGCUUCCUCAUAGUGAUGACAAUGUUGCUAAUUUGAAAACUUGUACAAUCUGAAGAACAUACUGUGCAGAUUUUCUUUGCCAGAAUUUUUUCUUUAUCACAAUUGGGAGCUUGAAUUAAGCUCUUCAGAA